CUCUCCAGACUCCAAAUCUAUCGUUCACCUGAGCUCAUCUCACUGCAGUGUUCAAAGAGAUUUUCUCAAAACAUAUCAAGUAUAAAGCCUCUUUAGCCUUUGCCCCUUUGUUAAAACUCAAAGCUUCCUCGCAGUCACUCUGUUUCGCCCAGGAUAGAAAUGGACCGGUACCAGAAGGUGGAGAAGCCAAAAGCUGACACACCCAUUAACGAGAAUGAACUCAGAAUUACAGCUCAAGGGAGAAUGAGGAAUUAUAUUUCUUACGCCAUCACUCUGUUUCAGGAGAAAGGUGCCAAUGAGAUUGUACUUAAAGCCACGGGUAGAGCUAUCAACAAGACUGUCAUGAUUGCUGAAUUAAUUAAGAGGAAGAUUGCUGGUCUUCAUCAGAACACAUCGGCUGGAUCGAUAGACAUAACUGACACCUGGGAACCACUGGAAGAAGGCCUUCUUCCCCUAGAAACCACUCGCCAUGUUUCAAUAAUCACGAUUACUUUGUCUAAACAGGAGCUGGAUUCAUCUUCAAUAGGAUAUCAGCCUCCGAUCCCAGCAGAUCAAGUGAAGCCAUUGAGUGAGUUUGAGGACAAUGAAGGAGGCAAUGGCAAUGGUGUGGUAAAGAACAGAAAUGCAGGAUAUGAUGAUGGGCGAGGUUAUGGAGCCAGACAUCGAGGUCGUGGGAGGGGGUGUGGUUCCCGAGGGCAUGCGGGAGGGUAUGGUGGUGGUCCUGGUGGAAAUAUGCAACAAGACUCAGGAUAUUACAACGGUAAUGACCCAUCAGGACCACUGCCUUCCCAGGGUCGUGGUAGUGGACGAGGAAGGGGAAGAGGACGUGGACGCGGUCCACCUCAGGAUUUCGCAUCUGAUGGUCCAUUCCAGAAAGGUGCUUGAGCAACAAGCACCAUCCUAGAUCCUUCUGAAGAACUAUGGCUUUAGAUUGAAACAAAACCAGUGGAUGGUUGCUCUAUUCAUUGCCAGUCUUUGUUU